AACUCAGCACCACAGCUCCUCUGGUUUGAGACCGGGCGGGUGUCUGUCUCUUUCUGUCUCAACAAUUUCCUCCUUUCACUCAGGACCCCUCUUUCUGCAUAUCUCUAAUCAGUGCCUGUAUCACUGCCUUGCUCAGCAGCCUUCCUUUGGGAGGUGCUGGAAAAGCCAGCAAGGGGAAUUUACCACGAGGAUAAUGCCCAUAAGUCCAGCUUGCAGUAAUUUUUCAUAACAGAUACAUUUUCUUUUUCUUCAAAAACUAAUACAGUGGAGUACAGCUACUUCAGCUUAGGGUGUCCCCUUUGCUGUCUUUGGUGAUAGAAGAUGAAGAGGCAUCGGUUGUUACCGCUAUGUGCCCUCCUGGCUGUCCUGUUUGCAGGACUCUUCCCUAACCUUGAUGCUCAGGAAGAUUGUGCACAAGGGUUGGCAGCUGAUAUAUACUUUCUAGUGGAUUCAUCCUGGAGUAUUGGAGAGGAGAACUUUGAGCAUGUCAGACAAUUUUUGUACAGUGUGACACAAGCACUGCACCAGGUUGGAGGGGGCAGGUUUAAAUUUGCCCUUGUGCAGUACAAUAACAAGCCUGAAACUGAGUUCCAGCUCAACACCUACCCGACAACACAGGGAGUCUUGGCACACAUCAAGGCUAUGUCUUACCGUGGGGGGGGCACCAAGACUGGCCUGGGCCUGGAUUACCUGAUUCGAACACACUUGACCACUGCUUCGGGCAGCCGUGCUGUUGAAGGAGUGGCCCAAGUGGUGGUGGUGCUAACAGACGGGCGUUCCCAGGAUGACGUGGCUGUGCCAGCUGAGGUGCUGCGGCUGGCAGGCGUUCAGGUGUUUGCAGUUGGAGUUCAGGAUGCAGUGGACUCUGAGCUCAGGGAAAUGGCUAGCCAGCCCUAUGACGCUCAUGUGUUUAAUGUAGACUCUUUCUUGACUUUGCGGGAUAUAAUACAAGAUUUGGUAGUGGGGCUUUGCGGCGCAGUGACCCAGUCAGGGGGUGCUCCUGUGGCAAACGAGGCCCCUGUGGCUGGAGGAGGGACAGCGCAAGAUUCAGCUGACCUAGUACUCUUAAUUGAUGGAUCACAGAACGUUGGAGCAGCAAACUUCCCCUAUGUGCGUGAUUUGGUUUUGAGAAUCAUUGAGCGCCUUGAUGUGGGCAGGGACACUGUUCGCGUUGCCUUGGCCCUCUACAACACCAACACAGAGAUAAAGUUCUAUCUAAAUAGCUAUGAGAGCAAAUCAUCAGUCCUGGAAGCUGUGAAGGGCCUGGCCUUCCCAGGGGGUGACGAGUCUAAUCUGGGGGCUGCCUUGGAGGAAGUGGCCGAGAGCCUUUUGAGUGAAACAGCUGGGGGCAGGGCAGAGGAGGAUGUGCCCCAGACGUUGGUGAUUAUCAGUGCUGGGCCAUCCACUGAUGAUACUGGUGCCGGUGACCGGGCCAUUAAGAGGGCCAAAGUUAUUACAUUUGGCGUGGCGAUUGGUGACUCUGCUACUGCAGAUCUGGAAGCAGUUGCUACAGAUAAAAGUUUUGUCCUGUCAGCCCCUGAUUUCAGAGCAGUAGCAAGAAUGGGUGACCAGCUGCUCCCAUACAUUAACGGGGUGGUCCAGCGCACCAUUAUAAUUCAGAAUGUGUUCACAGAAGUCUUGACAGUUGGAAAACGAGACGUGAUUUUCCUAAUCGACAAUACGAUGGGUCCAAAUGUCGUCAAUGCCAUACGCGAAUUCAUCAGGCGGUUCGUCGACUCCAUGCCAAUUGGUCCAGACGGAGUUCAAGUGGGUGUCGCCCAGUUCAGCAAUGUCCCUCGACUAGAGAUAGAUCUCAACUCUUAUGGAACCAGGGAAGAAUUAACUGCUGCUUUGGGUGUGAUCAAACCAAGAGCCGCUCAGCCAAUCAACAUUGGAGCAGCCUUGGACUUUGUGCGGACGAAUAUGCUGCUACCUGAGAAAGGCAGUCGUAUUAGGCAGGGGGUACCCCAACUUGUACUCUUGAUGACCGGUAAAAAGUCCAGCGACAGUGUUGAAGAACCUGCUAAGGCCCUCAUGCGAAUGGGCGUACUAGCUCUAGCUGCAGGCUUCAAGUCUGCAGAUGAAGAAGAAAUGAAGCAGGCUGCCUUCACUGAGAGUGUUGUGUUCAUGGUGAGGGACAUACGUGGACUGAGAAGCCGACGAGAUGAAAUGGUUAAUGCACUCUCCACACUGGCUGGGGUGGUGGUGACUGAAGGACCCACCGAGCCUGUGGUGGACACAACCACAGUGCACACUCAAAGAGUGGUCAGAGACAUUGUCUUCCUUGUGGAUGGCUCAAACUACAUUGGCAGCAGUAACUUACCCUAUGUGAGAGACUUCAUCAUCAACGUGGUCAACCAGCUGGAUGUACGUCCUGACAGGGUCCAGAUUGGUCUCAUGCAGUUUGCUGAACGUCCAAGAGUUGAAUUUUAUCUGAACAGCCAAAACAACAGGCAAGAUGUUGUGAAUAAAGUCUCUCAACUCAGGCUAACUGGAGGCUCAGUUUUGAAUACAGGAGCUGCCAUGAAUCAAGCCCUCACCAUGUUCCAACCAUCAACUGGCUCACGCAGGAAGCAGGGAGUCCAGCAGGUAUUGGUUCUGAUCACAGGCGGACCAGCCCAGGAUGAGGUUAAAAGCAUAGCUGAUAAAUUGGCUCUAUCUGGUGUUUUGACAUUCACGGUCAGUUCAGGCCAAGCAGAUGAUGCCUUACUGAGGACAGUCGCCUUUGUUCCAGACUUGGCUUACCAUGAAACAAGUUUCUCUAAUCUACCAGCUAUGGCUGAGCUAAUCAUGCCAAAGUUGAUAACAGUGGUUGGUGAUACGGAUGUAACAUCCUUCCCUGAGGAAACUGUUGUUGGAGGUGAAAGGGAUGUUGCCUUCCUCAUUGAUGGCACGGAUAAUGUACGAGCAGAUUUUGGCUACAUCCGGGAUUUUAUCAUUAAAGUAAUUGAACCACUUGACAUUGGGACUGACAAGGUACGAAUUUCAGUGGUUCAACACAGCGAGAAGCCUACUCCAAGUUUCUUCCUUAACACUUACCAAACCAAAGAUGAGGUGCUAAGAGCUGUCAACGGAAUGGCACUGGCUGGUGGACGUAGUCUAAACACAGGAUCUGCUCUAAGAUACAUGAAGGACACCAUCUUGUCUGAAAGUAAUGGUAGCCGGGCUGCGCAAAAUGUCCCUCAGUUUCUGAUUGUGUUGGCUGGAAGCAGGUCCAGGGAUAAUGUGAAGGAUUCUGCUGGUGCACUGAAGACAGAGGGAGUCGUACCAUUUGGCGUCGGUGUCAAGGAUGCAGACCCAAGGCAGAUUGAGGCCAUUUCACACAACCCUUCCUUUGCCUUCAAGGUGAAAGAAUUCAGUGAACUUAGCACCAUACCCCAACGGCUCAAUAACUACGUGAGCCUUCCAAGGGAGGAGCUGACCCUAGUCCUAGAACAAGCUGAGUCGCAGGGCCCCCGGAAGGAUGUAAUCUUCCUUGUUGAUGGAUCUGAUGGUGUUGGACGGGAAUUUCCCAUCAUCCAGGAGUUUAUCCGCAGGGUUGUGGAGAGUCUUAAUGUAGGCGAGAAUAAGAUCCGGAUUGGCGUGGUCCAGUAUGGCGACUAUGCUCAGGCUGACAUGUAUCUGAACACACAUACAACCAAAGAAGGUAUUUUGAAUGGUGUCAGGGGAAUGAGGCAACGAAGAGGAAGACAACGUAACCUGGGUCAGGCCUUGCAGUUUGUCAAUCAGAAUGUUCUGACAGCAGCACGUGGUAGCAGAAAGGAAGAGGGUGUACCACAGUUUUUAAUUGUCGUCUCCAGUGGGUCUUCAACAGAUGACAUCAGUCGAGCAGCCACUUCCCUUAAAGAAUCUAGAGUUCUUCCCUUCAGCAUUGGGACCAGGGAUGUUAACCGUAGGGAGCUCCAGGUGGUGUCAUACGUGCCUAACUUUGCCUUCACUGUAGAUGACCUCCCUGGCCUGUACACAGUCCAAGAAAACCUAAUCAACACUCUCACUGAGAUGUCAGAUGAUGACAUCGCCAGGAUGCGCCCAGUAUUCCCAACCACUGAAGAAAUCACACCAGUACCUGCGGGAGGCGACAAGAGGGAUGUCGUAUUUCUAAUUGAUGGCACGACAGCGGUGCGUAACGAGUUCCCCUCCAUCCGUGAAAUGAUAAAAAGAGUCGUGGACAAGCUGGAUGUAGGAUUGGACAAGGUCCGAGUUUCAGUGGUGCAGUACAGUGAUGACCCAAAGUUAGAAUUUCUUUUGAAUAAUUUCUCCACCAAAGAAGAGGUACGCCAAGCUGUGACAAAACUUCGAAGCAUAGGUGGUAACCGUCUAAACACAGGCCGUGCUCUUGAGUGGGUCUCCAGAAACAUCUACCAGAGGUCAGCAGGAAGUCGCAUUGAGGAUGGUGUGCCUCAGUUCCUCAUUCUAGUUACAGGUGGCAAGUCUACAGAUGAUGUAUCUACUGCAGCUGACCAACUUAAAAGAAACCAUGUUGCACCUCUUGCCAUUGGUUCAAGGAAUGCAGAUCCUGAUGAACUGAGACAGAUUUCCCUGAGGCCCGAACUUGUGUAUACAGUUGACAAUUUCCAGCAGCUUCCAAGAGUGGAAACGCAGCUGAUUGGUUCAGUCAAAACAUUAUCUACCACUGAUAUCAGCAAUUAUGUUCCUCCCACAGUCUUCAGAGAAAUCCUAGAUCUUGGGAAAAAGGACAUACUCUUCCUUAUUGAUGGCUCAGACAAUACAGGUGCUGCUGGAAUUGCUCAUAUCCGUGACUUCAUCCUCAACAUUGUUGAACAACUUGAUGUGCAGCCUGAUCAAGUGCGUGUGGCUGUCGUCCAGUAUGCAGACAGAGUAAAAACAGAGUUCUCACUCAACUCACACAACAACAAGCAAGCUGUUGUCUCGGCUAUCAAACGACUUCGUCAGAUGGGUGGCAGGUCAUCAGAUCUGGCUGACGCCAUUAAGUAUGUUAUGGAGAAUGAGUUAAAACCCUCCUCCGGGGUUCGUCUGGCUGAGGCCUCACAGCAUCUUGUAGUUCUCACAGGUGGACGUUCCUCCCAAGAUGUUUCCAUUUAUGGACCUCAGCUUAAGAAUUCCCGGGUCAACUGCAUUGGUGUUGGAGCUGGUGGUACUAACACAAAGCAGCUAACCCAAAUUGCCACCACCUCAGAGGAUGUCCUUCAGGUUCCUACAUUCCCUGGCCUGCCAGCAAUCAAGGACAGGUUUAUUACCAGGUUGAAAGGAAACUCAGUCACUCCCCCUCCUUAUUCUCCAACCAAUGGUUAUGAUUCAUCCCUGCCUCCACCCAAAAAGGCUGAUAUAGUGUUUUUAGUGGAUGGCUCCAUUAACGUGGGCAGGGACAACUUCAAUGAAGUGAUGAUGUUUAUCACCAACCUAAUUGAUCUGUUCUACACUGAGAGAGACAACCUGCGGAUUGGUCUGGCACAUUAUGCCGCAGAUGUGACGGAUGUCUUCUACCUCAACACAUACAAGGACAGGCAAGACAUUAUGGAUGCGAUCGGUCAAGCAGAGUACAAAGGUGGAAAUAAAAUCAACACUGGUGCAGCCAUUCGUCACAUUCAAGACGUUCACUUUACAAAAGAAAAAGGCAGUAGGGUGGAUGAGGGCACUCCUCAGAUCCUAAUGGUUAUCACCGGAGGAAGCUCAGCUGAUGACAGCAAAACAGCAGCCCUUGGUCUGAAGAAAAAGGGUGUGAGAAUUUUUGCUGUAGGAGUGGGCGACACUAAGGAUGAGUUAGAAAACCUAGCAAGCGAGUCCACCACAGUGGCUCGAGCAAGAACCUUUCAGGAACUUUCAGAGCUCAAUGAGCAAAUCCUGGAGACUAUGGAUGAUGAAGUGAAGGGCAAGCUGUGUGUUGGUUCUUCAGAAACUUCUAAAACCUGUGAGAUAGAGGUGUUGGUGGGCUUUGAUGUUUCUGCUCAGAACAUCUUCACUGCUCAGACUAAUCUCCAGAGCAAGAUGGGUGCCAUUCUGCAGAGAAUUUCCAAAAUGGCAGCUAUCAGUUGUUCAUCUGGGCAGAUUCCUUCUGUGCUAGUAGGCAUGCUGGCCAUGGACUCAGCCUCUGAGCCUGUCCAGCUGGACUUCACAAACAAUGCCGAUGAACUCUUUGAGGCCUUCAGAGCCUUGCGGAGUCGUGGCCCAUAUGUCCUCAAUGGCAAGACCAUUUCAGCUUACACCAAUAGGUUCAAAACCAGACAGGACAAUGUUGUCAAGGUUGUCAUUCAUCUCACUGAUGGCCUUGAUGCCCCAUAUGCUGAAAUGAAAAGGCGAGUUGAGGAACUACGGCUUUCAGGAGUGAACAGUUUCAUCCUGGUUGGGUUGGAGCGAGUGCCCAAAUUUGAGGAGGCUUUGCUACUGGAAUUUGGCCGCGGCUUUAGGUACACCAGGCCCUUACGAGUCAAUAUCAUGGACUUGGACUAUGAGCUUAUGGAAGAACUGGACAAUAUCGCAGAGAGGGACUGCUGUGGAGUGCCAUGCAAAUGUAUCGGCACCAGAGGAGACCGAGGAGCAGUUGGACUUCCAGGGUCUAAGGGUGGUCCAGGAUUACCAGGAAGCCAAGGACAUCCUGGAGAUGAGGGUGGACCUGGAGAGAGAGGUCAUCCUGGUGUGAAUGGAACUCAGGGUUUCCAGGGAUGUCCUGGACAGAGAGGUGUCAAGGGUUCUCGUGGGUAUUCAGGAGAAAAGGGUGAAUUUGGAGAAAUCGGGCUUGAUGGAAUCAAUGGAGAAGAGGGCAAAAGUGGAGUGGCUGGACCCCCAGGAGACAGAGGAAAUCCUGGCAGAAGAGGUCCCAAAGGUAUCAAAGGACAAGCAGGAGACAUCGGAGAAAUGGGAAUCAGAGGAGACCCAGGUACAAGUGGACAAGAUAACAACCAAGCAGGACCUAAAGGAGACCCUGGUGAUGCUGGACCAGUGGGAGUGUCUGGUGAAGAUGGAAAGACGGGAGACCCUGGUGAAUUUGGAAGAAGGGGAGCUGAUGGCAGAAGAGGCCCACCUGGACAGGCUGGAAAUCCCGGAAAACCAGGAGCUGAUGGUGUUGUGGGAGAGCCUGGUAUUGGAGGAUCUAGAGGUAAACCUGGACCGAUUGGUGCACCAGGACCCAGAGGAGAAGAUGGGAACCCUGGACCCAGGGGUCCCGGAGGUAGCCCAGGUCCCUCUGGAGAAAAGGGCAGAAGAGGAGGACUUGGUCGCAAGGGAGAGCCAGGAGAUCCAGGACCUAAGGGUGUUAUUGGACCUCUUGGUCCCCGGGGAGAGCCUGGGGAAGAUGGUAGAGAUGGCUUUGGUGUCACAGGGCCUAAAGGAAGAAAGGGUGAUGAGGGCUUCCCAGGAUUCCCAGGACCAAAGGGAGCUGCUGGUGACCGCGGCAGUAAGGGCGGACCUGGACCUAGAGGGAAUCGUGGGCAGAGAGGUGUCUCUGGGAAUAUUGGUACACCCGGACAGAAGGGAGAGGUUGGAUAUCCUGGGCCAUAUGGUCAGAAAGGACCGAGAGGACCAGGUGUCGUGCAAUGUGACCUGGUCAAGAAAAUCAGGGACAACUGUCCUUGCUGUUAUGGUCAGCAGGAAUGCCCGCUCUACCCCACUGAGCUGGCCUUUGCCCUGGAUGUCUCUGAGGCCAAUGGCCGCCAACCCUUCAACAACAUGCGUGACACAGUCCUGCGCCUAGUCAGAGAUAUCACCAUCUCUGAAAGUAACUGUCCAAGAGGAGCUCGUGUUGCGUUGGCGCUGUACAACGAUGACGUGACCACAGAGAUCCGAUUCGCUGAUGCAAUGAAGAAACGUGCCCUGCUGCAGCACAUCGAAGGACUGCAGACGCUGCAGACCAAGAAGACUCGCAACUUGGAGUCUGCCAUGAGCUUUGUGGCCCAGAACACCUUCAAGAGAGUGCGCAGUGGUUUCCUAAUGAGGAAGGUGGCCAUCUUCUUCGUCGGUGGAGCAGUCGGUCAGGCACGAGGACUUACCAGUGCAGCCCUUCGCCUCCAUGAUGCUGGAAUCGCUACUCUGUUCUUGGUCAGCCGUGAGGACAGAGCACUCAGCAGAGCACUGCAGGUCAACAACACAGCACUGGCCCAGGUUAUUGUCCUUCCCAACCCUGGAAGUGCACAGUACAAUUCAGUCAUCCAAAAGGUUAUGAACUGCCAUGUCUGCCUAGACUUCUGUGCUCCCAACCAAAUGUGUGACUAUGUGCCCCCAUCGUCCAGUCGAGAUAGGAGAUCUUCCGCCACAGACGUGGACAUCGACAUUGCUUUCGUCAUGGACAGCUCUGAGUCUACCUACCCAACAUUCUUUACAGAGAUUAAACGCUACAUAGCUCAGAUAGUGGAGCAUCUACAUGUGUCUUCAAAUCCCACAUCAUCCGUUCACCAGGCAAGAGUGUCUGUGAUCCAGCAAGCACCUUACAAGUUCCUCAACAACAAAACUGGCUCUCCCAUCCAUGUGGAUAUUGGUUUGACUGAGCACAACUCAGUUCAGGAUAUUGUCAAAUUUCUGCUGGAGAAGACACCACAGUUGGAGGGCGGCCGGGCCCUGGCGGCGGCUAUUGAAUCAACAGUGGAGCAUGUGUUUGAGAAGGCGCCUCUACAACGUGACAAGAAAGUGCUGAUGCUCUUUGUGACGGGAAGUGUGGAAGAAGACGAGAAGCAGCUGAUGCGUAUUGCCACUGAGGUCAAGUGCAAAGGCUACUUCCUGGUCAUCCUGGGCGUGGGUGAGAAGUUAAGUGCUGGAGAUGCUCGUGUCUUGUCACGCAUGGCAAGCGAGCCGUCAGAUGUCUUCUUCAAGCGGCUGGACAGCAUCUCGCACUUUUACGACAAACACAUCCAGAACUUCGGCCAGCUGAUGCCAAAGUAUAUCAGCAUUGAAAAUGCUUUCUACAUGUCCCCUGAAGUCUCUAAAAACUGCAAGUGGUUCCAGAGUGACCAGCCCCUAAAAAACCCCUUCACAUCACCACAGCAACAGGAGAAACAUCAGAAACAUCAUGAAAAUCACCAAGCAGUUCAACAAAGAAAGCACAAAGAUGCAGAUGACGAGCUACAUGUCUACAACGUCACCUCCAGCAGCUUGAAACUGCGUUGGAGCACCCCAAACCCCAAGCUCUUCGUCUAUUUUGAGGUAGUGGUGACACGGUUGCACGACCACGCCCUGGUGCUGAAGACCAACGUGUCGGGAACAGAGCUUUCCGUGGACAAUUUAGAGAGUUCUCAAACAUAUCAUGCUGUUGUCACUGCCCACACUGCAGAGGGUCAAAUUGUCUCCACCCGCAAAGGAAUCAUGACCACCAAAGCAGCAGAGCUUAAGCCACAGCAUAUGCCAGCCAGCCAAGUCACCAGUACUAUAAACACCGCGCCACUGGACAAACCAGAAACUGUUAAUGAAUUUGCAGACCCAUGCUCACUUGACUAUGACCCUGGAAGCCCGUGCAAAGACUAUCAGGCUAAGUGGUUCUUUGACAGAAAGAACGGGAUCUGUACACAGUUCUGGUAUGGAGGUUGUGGAGGCAAUGAAAAUAGGUUCGAGACAGAGGCCCUCUGCUUGAAAAACUGCAUGAGGUCAGUGCCAGAGCCUCAGCCAGAAGUGCAGAAGAUUGAACAGGUGGAGAUCCUCCCGGCUCCUGCGGCCUCUACAGCUGUGGACAUCUGCCAGCUUCCCAAGGAGGAAGGUACCUGUGCCAAAUUUGUCCUCAAGUGGCACUACGAUGCCCCGAGUAAGAGCUGCACACGCUUCUGGUAUGGAGGCUGCGGUGGAAACCAGAAUCGCUUUGACACGCACGAGCAGUGUGUGAAGGCUUGUGGAAAACCAGCACCUGUCAAACAAGGAGUCAUCGCUGCAAUAAGAACAUAGGACAAAAGUGACACACGUGGCCAGCUUUCACCUCUGUUCAGGGGAUUCUGAGGAGAACCAUCCAACAUGGCCAUACUGUCAGGAUGCAAUACCAAAGCAAUGGUGGCUGCACUGGAUUCCACAAAAAAAUGGACUUUAUCCCCAAAAUUCUUGAAGUAGUCUUUUUCACAACAAAAAGGAAGGCAACACGAUUUGCUGCAUGAUUUGUUUUAACCUACUGGUGCUACAUAGUAUGUUCGUUUUACAGAUGAGUUGUUAAGUGCAUUCGGUUCAAGUUUUCCGGAACAAUGACAUCUUAUGAGUUUUCAUAUUUUUUAAAAUUCAGUUUUAUAAUGAAGCAAGAAACAUAUAUGAAUAUCUUGGACAGAGAUUAGCAAAAAAUCAGUACAUGCAGGACUGUCAUUAUUUAAUGCAGUCUUUUUUUAUAUAUAUUUUUUACAUUCCACAUUCAUUCACACUUUACAACAUUGGCUUUUAUAGAUUUAUAUUGUUUUCACUUGAUCCCUGUGGAAUCAUUACUUCACUAUUUUACAGUCACACAAUCCACAGCAAUGUUUACACAAAGUCUUGUAUGGCGGUGUGUGUAUUUAAAUGACAGUGACCAACUGCUCAGAUGCUACAACAUUAAUGUAAUGUUAAGUGCACUUCUGGAUCCACUGCCUCAAACACACACGUUCCAGCUUUUGAGAAAAGGAAUGUAUCUGUCAAGCUGUUUUUAUUUUUGUUUUGCAUUUGGUUUUACUGAAAAUUGUGUUUCAUCGGGGUAUAUGGGAAAUAAAAAUGAAUUAGACUUUCUAAUAAACAUGAGCAACUGA